AGCACGUCCAUCGUGAACUCUUUUUCUUGUCCCUCUCCUCAUCCCACUUGCAUCCAACUUGCAAGGAUCCUUAAUCCUCUUCGACAAGCAGAUUACCCUUCUUGUCAAGAUGCCUUCUCUCGGAAGAGCUCUGUUGCUCGCCGCGGCCAUGCCGCUGGCCAACUUCGUCGGAGCCCAGAGGCUCGUCGUCGAUGGUGAGACCAUCGAUGCCAACGAGGCCACUGUUGCCCCCGCCGCCGAGGAGUUCCCCGAGGCAGACAUCCCCGAGGAGACCAUCCAGUUGACUGAUGCCGUGCUGGCCAACCUCACUCAGCUCGAGCUCAGCAACAUUUCGCUCUUUACGUUCGCUGACGCCUCGAACAUCGAGAAGCGCACUGAGCCCAACAACAAGUGCAAGCUCUUCCCCGGCGACUUCUUCUACCCUUCCGAGCCCGUAUGGAAGGUCUUCAACCUCUUGACUGGCAACUCCCUCAUCAAGACCGUUCCCCUCGGAGCUGCUUGCUACGCUGGUGAGCACUACGAUGCCGAGAAGUGCCAGUACCUCCUCGACAACUGGACCAACUCCGACACUCACGAUGAGGACCCUACUUCGGUUAUGUCCCCUCUCUACCAGGGCUCUACUUGCCAGCCCCAGAACGCCGCCAACAACCGCACUUGCGAGAUUGGCGGCUUCCCCCUCUACUCCGUCAAGGCCACCAACGUAGCCCAGAUCCAGCUUGCCGUCAACUUUGCUCGCACCCUUAACCUGCGUCUUGUUGUCCGCAACACUGGUCACGAUUUCUUGGGCAAGAACACCGGUGCCGGUUCUCUGUCCAUCUGGACCCACAACCUCAAGGGUCUCAAGUUCAUCAAGAACUACAAGUCUGCCGGUGGCUACGAGGGCCCUGCCUUCAAGCUCGGUGCCGGUGUCCAGGUCUCUGAGCUGUACGAGGCUGCCAACAACGAGGGCUACACCGCCGUUGGCGGCGAGUGCCGCAGUGUCGGUGUCACCGGUGGCUACAUUGCCGGUGGUGGUCACUCCCCCAUGAGCCCCGUCGCCGGUCUUGGUUCCGAUCAGGUCCUCAGCGUUGACAUUGUCACCCCCGAUGGUCGCCACAUCACUGCUGAUGACAAGACCAACAGCGAGCUCUUCUGGGCCGUCCGUGGUGGCGGUGGUGCCACUUGGGGUGUCGUCACCUCCAUGACCGUCCGAGUCUACCCCAAGACUCAGUUUGCCGGUCUUACCUGGAGCCUCAACACCGCCGAGAAGAACAUCUCUUCCACCGUCUUCUGGGCCGCCAUGGAGGCUUACUGGCGCCGCUUCCCCGACUUCUCUGCCAAGAAGACCUACGGAUACUCGACUCUCUUCCCCGCCGGUAACGGUGCCUACCUCUGGAGCAUGCGCCCCUGGUUGGUUCCCGGCAUGAACCUGACCGACUUCAAGGCCAUGGUCGAGCCUCUCUUCACCGAGUGGGCUGCCCUUGGCUUCAGCGUCGAGCCCGAGUACUUUGAGCACGACAACUUCUACGCCACUUGGAAGAACCACUUCCCCAUGGAGAGCGUCGGUACCGACACCGUCCGUACCGCUAACCGUCUCAUUCCCAAGGCCAACUGGGAGGACCCCGCCCUCCUUAACGAGACUAUCGCUACCCUCAAGGGAAUUAUCACCGAGGGCUCUGCGCUGAUCCAGUACAACAUCAACGCCGCUGCUCCCUCCGACGUCACCGCCAGCUCUGCCAACCCGGCCUGGCGUGAGGCUCUCAUGUUCGCCAUCAUUGGUGGCGGCUGGAGCGCUACCGCUACCCAGGAGGAGAUUAAGACCGCCAACGUCCGCAUCACCCAGGACUGGAUGGGCCGUCUUCGCAACAUCACCCCCGGCGGUGGUGGCUACGGCAACGAGGGCGACGUCAUGGAGCCCGAUUUCGGCCAGGCCUUCUUCGGUUCCAACUACGCCAAGCUGUACGCUCUCAAGAAGAAGAUUGACCCCUGGGGUGUCUUCUACGCCCCCACCGCCGUCGGCAGUGAGGACUGGUACAUUGCCCGCCAGGAGGAUUGGCUCACCAAGCAGACCGAUCGCCUGUGCAAGAAGUAA